AUGCAUCUCCAGGCGGUCGCAGUAAGGGUGACCAGCGCAGAAGAGGUAUCAGCUGCGAUCCGGUUUGCGACUGCCCACAAUAUCUUACUAACAGCUCGCGGCGGUGGACAUUUCACCAGCGGGGCUUCAUCAUUGGCUGGCGGGAUGGUGGAUGGGCCUGACGCGCAUGCGGAAAGUCAGCGUGGACGCGGAAGCUCGAACAGUAACCUACGAGGGAGGCUGCGUGUUCAGGGGCAUCAACUCAGCGCUCGCUGUACACAGACUGGCCACUGUCGGCGGGCUUUGCAACCAAACAGUAACCAAACAGGCGUGGGCGGACUGGUUCUUGGCGGCGGCCAUGGCUUCUUGUCUGCGCGUCACGGGCUUACUGUUGACAGCCUCGUCUCAGUCGAGAUAAUUCUAGCCGACGGGUCUAUUGCCGAGAUGUCUGAGAUCCAAAAGCCCCAUCUAUUUUGGGGAAUGUCAUAUCCAACGACCAAUACGCUCUUCAACUCAAUAUUCGAAGGACCGGGACGCAAGCUGAUGCGCUCCUGUAGCAUGCUGAUGCCGCUCGACGCCGAAAUCACUGUCGAGACCGGGCGACGACGGUUCCUUGACUUCAUCACCUCUCACAACGACAUGACAAAACCAAUCCUCGCCUUCGAGUUCUUCCCCGCGGCCGCCAUUCGGGCCACUCCGCAUGAGGCAACCGCCUUCGCCAACGGCGGCGAGCACUACCUGGGCGUCAUGGGCCUCAUGUACGACGUCGCGUCUCGUGAUGGUGAAGUUCGCGUCUUCAAGCGCGAGUUGUCUGAUUAUAUGACCACCACUUGCGGCUACGACGGCAAGCGAGCCCCAGGCGAUCCUGUACCGUUUUAUCUCAACCUGGAGCACGAGUCGAUGUCACCCGAAGACGCUUUCGGCGACCACGUCCAAAGGCUGCGCGAGCUCCAGCGCAAGUACGACGCGGAGAAUGUCUUCCACGAAUGGCAUGGCGUGAAAGUGGAACCCAAACCUUCCACUGGCGCUUAGGAGUCUUUUGAGCUCUCUGAGCACAGCCAGUCCGGG